AUGGCGAGAUGGGCGAGAAAUAGGGACACACCAUCACCAGAGGUGACACCUGCGCUACAACACCCAGAUACCCCUCAGACCCAGCGGAGAAGGCAGAUAUUUUCAGAAAAGAGGGCCCAGGGCCCUGAUGGCAUUCCAAACAAAGCACUGCAGCUGGUGGCGACAUGGAUCAAGCCUCACCUAACGGCCCUCUUCAAUCAAAGCCUUAAUCUCGGUUACUGCCCACAACACUUUAGGGAAUCGACAACGGUUGUGCUCAGGAAACAAGGAAAGGACAACUACACCGUACCCGGGUCAUACCGGCCGAUAGGGCUGUUGAACACCAUAGGCAAGGUCAUGGACGCCAUAAUAGCAAACCACCUGAGCUACGUAGCAGAGACAUACAGCCUGCUCCCCUCAACCUAUAUAGGAGGUCGGAAGCUGAGGUCCCCCGAGCAUGCAAUACACCACAUCAUCGACAAGAUCUAUGAAGAAUGGAACAGAGGCCAAGGACAGGUAGCAAGUCUUCUCUUACUCGACGUUUCGGGCGCCUUUGACAACAUAUCUCACAAGCGGCUCCUGCACAAUCUGCGGAAAAGAAGAAUUGAUGAUGAAAGACAGUUCGAUGUAGUCUCCUCGAAGACCGACACACUAGGGUCUCAAUCGACGGGUACAAAACCGAGCGACACGAAGUCUCCACAGGCACAACCUUAUCGAGAGGUGCAAUCUAGCAGAAGACACAACCGCAACUGGCUUCAUCGACGAGGUGGCUAUCCUCGCGAGGGGAGCUUCGAUGCGACUCCAAACAGCAGAGCAAUGGGCGAAAACUCAUGCAUCAGUCUUCUCACCAAACAAGUUCCAGCUCACACAUUUUACAAGGGCACGCACGAGAGUAGACACACAACAUCCACUGCAAACAGCUUGGUGCGAGAUCCCGGCAAAGCCAACCUCCAAAUAUAUAGGACUUAUCAUGGACUCUGUGCUGCAAUGGAAACCUCACGUAGACGAGGGACGGCGGAAGCAAGGGCAGCCACAGCGAUAUCUGGUGCCUUCAAAGCCACGUCGGCCGCAGCCUUAGACAUCGAGGCACAUCUUCUCCCCAUGGAACACCAAACCUGGAAGCGCAACACUGAGUGUCUGGGAAGAAUCGGCUUCAGGGGACAGGACUCCAGGGAACAUGAAUCACAACAUGGAGCAAACAAUGUAAGAGAACGAAAGACGAAAAUGAGCCCACGCAAAGCAAUACAGAAGGCCAUCCAGGAUGAACAGGAAUUCAACAUAACGGGAAUGGAAGCAAUGACCGCGCACGUCGUCCCACCAUGGUGGAUAGGCCCGAAAGCGUUCGUUGAAGAGAACGCCGAAAAAGCACAGGAGAGACAUCGGUAUAGCAUCGACAAUGAGCCAAAUGCUAUUCAUUUAUACACAGAUAGAAGCGGCAACAACGGCCACGUGGGCGCCGCAGCAGUAUGCACCACCAUCAAUCAAACCAAGAGCGCCUACAUGGGUGACGAUAAUGUAUCGACGGCGUACGCCGGCGAACUACAAGGUAUCUCUCUGGCACUCCAGAUUGCUCAGGAAGACAGAAACCGAGGCAGCAUCAGGGAGAAAGUCCUCAUAUACACAGACAACCAAGCAGCCGUCAGGUCGGUAGCGAGACCAAGAGGGGAAUCGGGGUCAUACCUUCUCCAAGACAUAACACGACGAAUGCAAGAACUACAAGCGCAAGGUUUGACCGUCGAGGAUAGAUGGAUUCCGGCCCACACAGGAAUACAUGGUAACGAAGCAGCCGAUCAAGCGGCCAAAAAUGCCACUGGAUGGAGAAAGAAAGGACCACCAGGGCCAAAGGCACAGCGAUCCCAACGUGUCAAUAAAAGGUGGCAAGCACAGUGGCAGCAGGAAACCAGGGGCCGGGCAACCUUCCGACACACAUCGGAGCCAACACCAAAAGUCUCACAGCCGCGUAAGCACUUCAGUAAGAGGCAAAGCGCCAUCUAUGUCCAGCUCCAAAACGAGAAGAUCGGAUUGAACAACUUCCUCUUCAAACGAAGAGUGCCAGGAGUCACGGACCCGAGAUGCGACUGCGGAGAAAGCCGUCAGACGGUAGCCCAUAUCCUGCUCCAAUGCAGGAGGUAUGCCACACUUCGAAAGCAGGAAUUAGGCCAGUUUCCGGAACGACAUAACCUCCGUGCAAUAUUGAGCGAGUGCAAAGUAGCAGCAAAGGUCGUCAACUUCAUGGAACAAACCCAGAUCCUUGGACAAUUCAGGAUCAAUCCAUAA